CAUACAAACAUCUCAACUUAAAUGGAGCAUUUUUUCUGGGCGGAUUGCCCUCUCUUCCUGAACUUGAUCCCUCUGGAAACCCAAGUUUACGCAUAUCUGAUCUUCUUGCACACUUGAUUUCUCCAGAUGUCUGGUCUGCUCAUUUGGGUCAACCAUUUACAGGCUGCUUGGCAGAUCUUCAUAUUUACAGUCCCAGACUCAUCUCGACAAACAACGUUAGCCUGCUUGACGGCAUUGAAUCAUCCCAUUUUAGCGAAUCAUUUAAUGAUGGUGAGAAAAUAAAUGAUACACCAAUUGAUGAAAUUGACCUAGAUCUAGAGUUAGCUGUGAUGGCAAGUUGGACGAAGGGUCGCAUACGCUUAAUCGAAUUAGAAGUUCACUCUUCUAAUGAAACACAUUUAAAGAAAAGAACAAACAUUUGUUCUGCAAGCUACAUUGAAGAAGCAAGCAGCUUAAGUGGGCUGAGCAAAAACGCAACCGAUGCUAGCAUGGAUAUAUUAUGUGAUAAAGACAAAAUCUGCUCUAAAUUGAGUUGCAAAGAUAGAUGUGAAUGCAUACUGCUCGAUGAUGGAACACAAAAAUGUGCCGAAAGUAAGUUAUUUUAUAAUUGUCAUAUUCGUUUAUAA